UCAAUUUGGCCGGAAGAAUGUGAAGAUGACUGGGGAGGCUGCGUCAGCAGACACCAUGGCUGCAAAAACUUUCCCAGCAGAGUUGAAAGCAAUACUCGAGGAGCAGGGUUACAAGCCAGAACAAGUUUGGAAUAUGGACGAAACAGGUUUGUUCUGGAAAAAGACGCCACAGCGCACUUUCAUCGCCCAAGAAGAACGCCGUGCACCAGGAUUCAAGGCAGCCAAGGACAGGUGCACAGUGCUAUUUUGUGGCAAUGCUGCGGGUCACCUCAUUCGCCCAGGCUUCAUAUACAAGUCUAAGAAACCGCGUGCAUUCAAACACCGCGACAUGAGCUUGCUGCCUGUUUUCUGGAUGUACAAUAAGAAGGCCUGGACAACGAGUGACCUGUUUCUCAACUGGUUCCACCAUUGUUUCCUGCCAGAGGUCAAACGCUACCUGCACCAGAAAGGAUUGGAGUUCAAGAUCCUGCUAAUCCUCGACAAUGCUCCUGGUCAUCCACAGUCAGUGGAGGUGCCGCAUGAAAAGGUACAGGUGUUGUUCCUUCCACCCAACACCACUGCACUUAUCCAGCCAAUGGACCAGGGAGUUAUCAAGACAUUCAAGGCUAACUACAGUAAACUUGUGAUGGCCAGACUGCACUCAGCCUUAGACCAUGAUCAAAACCUAGAUGUGCUUCAGUACUGGAAGAACUUCAACAUUGCCGACUGCUUAUCUUUGGUGGCUGAAUUUUUCAAGGAUGUGAAGCCUGAGACAGUGAAUGCCUGCUGGAAAUCACUGUGGCCUGAAUGUGUGAAAGAUUUCACUGGAUUUUCUCCUGACGAAGCCAUCGCAGAGGCGGUGAAAAAGACCCUGGCACUGUCGAGGAAAGUGGCUGUUGAAGGCUUCCAGGACACGGCAGAGGACGAGAUUAGGGAGCUAAUCGAAGAUCACGACAUUGAGAUAGUAGACCAGAUGACAAACACUAUGACAGAAGAGAUUGGCAUGUCAGAAGCAAAUUAA